GUUGACGCGCUUCGUAACGUGCAGUGGUUCAGUCACGCUCUUCGAUCUUUUGAGGAAGAAACUCGUUGCUGACGUCUAAAUAAUGGGUCACGAAGGAGAAGUUACUCUUAUUCAGAAUUCUGAUGACUUGAAGAUUAAACUUAAAGAUGCAGGUAAUAAUCUGGUAGUUAUCGAUUUCUUUGCUGUAUGGUGUGGACCAUGUAAGAUGAUUGGACCGUUGAUUGAAGAAUUGUCCAAGGAAAUGCAGGAUGUUGUUUUCCUUAAAGUUGAUGUGGAUGAAUGUGAAGAUAUUGCUGCUGAAUACGAGAUAUCCAGUAUGCCUACGUUUGUUUUCAUAAAAGAAGGCAAAGUGUUGGAGACUUUUUCCGGGGCAAAUUAUGAUAAACUAAAAAAUACGAUUCAAAAACACAAGUAAAUAAAUUAUCACAAAUGCUUAAAUUUAUUGUAUUCUUAAAAACUGUAAAAAAUUACAUACUGGAUUAGCUAUGUAACUACUAUUUUACAUCAAUAAUAUACAAUGGUUAUUUAAAUAGAAAAAA